AAAAAUUUAAAGUAAACUAUGUCAAAAAUACCAAGAAAAAGAUUUUCUUAUGGGCUUACCAAACAAAAAAAGAAGGAAAUUUCUUCUUGGAGAGAUAUUACCAGAAAGAGUUUAACAACAUCUAAAAAUAAUGAAUCAAUUACUAGUCCAUUUAAAAAUGUUCAGUUGCUAGAAAGUUCAGUUAGUUUUGAUAACGAUCCUUUUGCAUAUGACGAAGAAGAUGAUCAACAUUCUAUUAAUGAUUCUACUGAAAUUUCCUCAGACAAAGCAACACCUAGAAAGUAUUCCCCGAAAAAAGAAAUAAAACAAAAUGCAAUAAAAAAUGCAACUUCAGAAAAGUUAAAAUCAUCUAGAGUACUUUCUUGUGAAAGUAAUAUUAUCUCCCCAAAAAAAACCAAAAUUAAAGCUAAAUCUCCUAAAAAAAAUAUGUUACUCAACAAACCAAAAAAUCAGAAAUAUCAAGUGACAAAUAAAAAAUGCGAUGUUACUUAUAUAAAUGAGUUUGAUAUUUUAGUUGUUAAUGAAAAACCAAAAAGUCCAAGACUAAAAAAUCAUAAUAAAACACAAACAAGUAUAAAAAGAAAAAGACGAUCAAAAGAGAGUCCUAAAGAAGAAAGUGAUGAUUUUGUUGACUUUCAAGUAUUAGAUACAAAAACAAAUCCUUUAGAUAUUUCUGAAAAGGAUUUUGCCUUGAACCAACAACAUUCAGUUGAAACUAUUAUUAAAAAAAACAUAUUUAGUGAAAGUAUAGACGACCAUGUAUGUAUGGAUCAUGAUAGAUUACAAGAUAUAAAUUGUUCAUUGUCUACUUUUCAAGACUCGACACAAGAAAAAUUUCAAGAAAGUUCAUCACAAGAAACAUCAGCAUGUGAAACAUCAUCACAAGAAGUGUCAUCUCAAGAAACUUCACAAAACAAAAAACCAAGUUCUCUUUUUUCAUAUUACAAUGAUUUAAAGAAAGACAAACACAAGAGAAAAAAUAUUUUUGCUAAUUCAAAUAAAUUUCAUGUAAAUAAAGAUGACAAUAAUUUUGAUGAUUAUGUCGAAUCUUCCAUAACAACAGUUCAAAAAUUAGAUACAUUUAAGAUUUCAGCUUCACCUGAAAAAAAGCGCCUUAUUGAAAAUAAAACCGAAGGUUUGAUUUCUGAUAAACAAGUUACUGACAAAACAAAUGAAAAUAAGCGCAAAAUAAUCGAUAAGAGAAGGAGAUUUUCAGCUUUGCCAACUGAUGUCACCACUGAAACAACUAAUGAUUUUAUUGAAGAGUAUACUGAUAAAGAACAAGACUGUUUACCGCAUAUUUUACCUGAAACUACAAUGUUUAGUUUUCACAGACCUGAAAAUAAUCCAGUGAGAGUACCCCGAAAAUAUAAACAUUUGUAUGUUGUUGUCAAGAAUGCCAAGCCUGCUCACGAAUGCUUUGAAGAUGGACAAAACCAACAGCUUCAAGAUGAUGUCGAGUAUUUGUUAGAUGGUUUAAAACCUUCACAUGCAAUAUCUACUCGAUGUUUGAGUGCUCUGGAUCUUGCGCUAAAGACAACUGCAUCAGGAUUUCGAAUGUAUUUAAAAGCCCAUGGAGUUAUUCCAAAAGUGUUUAGUCUUUUAGAAGAUGCAUUAGAAGAUGAGCAAUUGGCCUUGUGUACAGCUGCUUUUAUGUAUACACUUGCAAAAGAUCGAUCAACAAUUGAUUUCAACAAAGAUAAUAUAGGUAAUUAUUUUUUUGUGACUUACUGGGGCUAA